UGCGGGCGUGACUUAAGUUGGACAAACUACCGCUGGAAGUUUGUGACUUUCCUGCUAGAAAAUCAUGUCUACUGCUGUGGAAAUGGCUCUGAGUCCGAAGAGACGUGUUUCCUCGUGGAUUUCUCGUUUACAUGAAUCAACAGUUAAGUAAACAUAGACCGUUUCUGGAAUUUUAUGUACUUUAAUCGCAACCGUGCGCGCGCUAACGGUACGCGGCCACAUGCGUGUUGUGGCUGAACUUCAGUCCGCUGCUUCGGCUCUGAAGCUCAUGCCACGAUGAACUGUGAGACGUUACCCAAGUAUUCCUUGCUGGAUUUUGUAUUCACGCUCAUCGGCGUGUGCACGUUUCUGUUUGACGUGGGCUCGGAUCUGUGUGUGGCGAAGGAGUUCUACACGCAUGGAGAGUUCGUGUGGUGCGGGGUCUUUGUGGGCUUCAUGCUCAUAUCCUCUGUCGUCGUUCAGCUCUUCAGCUGGUUUUGGCUGCAGUAUGAUCGCGGUUUGAAGGACUUUGAGUCUCAAGCGUCCGCCGGGAACCUAGUUUUGUUCAGUGGAGCGAAAAGAGUAAAAUUGUUGCUUUUCCUGCAUGUGUGUCAGCUGGGCUUCUUCAUCAGGCACAUAACAGCUAUCUGGCAGGGUUUUCGUGUGUGGAGGCGAAAGGGUUGUGGGUCUGAGUAUGCAGUUUAUAUGACUCAUGACCUCAGCAUGCUGCGGCUCAUUGAGACGUUCUGUGAGAGCGCUCCACAGCUCACCCUCAUGAUGUACAUCAUACUGCGAAGCGAUCACGCAAGACUGGUCCAAUAUGUGAGUGUGGGCGCCUCCACUACCUCUGUAGCCUGGAUGGUGGUGGAUUAUCACCGGUCACUUCGUUCAUUUCUACCCGACAAGGACAAUCAAGGUUGGUUGUCAUCUGUGGUCUACUUCUUCUGGAACCUCUUUCUGAUUGGCCCCCGUGUGGCUUCGGUUGCUCUCUUUGCCUCUGUGUUGCCCUGCUUCAUCGCUGCUCACUUCCUGCUUCUGUGGCCCAUCUUGGUGUUAUGGGCCUGGAGGCAGGGCACCAAUUUCAUGGACAGUCCAGCUGGGGAACGGCUCUACCGGGCCACUAUUGGGCUCAUCUGGUACUUCAGCUGGUUUAACGUGGCUGAAGGAGACACCAGGGACAGGAGUCUGAUCUACCACAUAUUUAUAAUCACAGACACUAGCAUCCUGUUGACCACAUGGUGGUUGUACCGAGAUGCAGAGAUGACCCAGUCGUAUGCCUUCAGUCUGAUAAUCUCCAUCCCACUUUGUUAUGUCUUGGGUCUGUCGCUAAAAGUUCUCUACUAUUGCUGUUUUCACCCCAAACUGUGGCGGCCUGCAGAUUCGGGAAAAGCAACAUAUGAUGUAACGGAUGGAGUGGAGCCUGCUGUGGAUGUUCAGGCCGACAGUGCUUCUGCACACACCUUUAACAAGAGGAUGGGCCGACAUGCUGCUACCUUCUACACAACAAACACCUCAUCAACAGUUAAAACAAAGGAAAGUGAAACAACUAAUGCAGUGGUACUUUAAAAAUCAAUGCUAUUUAGCUUGUUUUACUGUUACAGAAAUGUUAUUAUAUUUGUAAAUUCUUGUAUAUAGCGUUGCUACAAAUUAUGUUUUUGGAUAAGUUACUGUUAAUAUGAAGUCAUUAAAGUUAAAAUAAAAAUUCGGUAGCACUUUAUUUUACAGUCCUGUUCCUCAUGUACAUACUAUGUACUUAUUAUAGUAAUUACAAUUACUAUGUAAUAACUAGGUACUAACCCUGAACCUACCCCUAAACCUAACCCUUCCCCAUGUAGUUACCUUGUAUUACCAGAACUUUCUUAGAUAAGUGCACUAUAAGUACAUGUUAGUACACGUACUGUAAAAUAAAGUGCAACCAAAGAUUCUGUAAUUAAUAACUCACCCUCAUGUCGUUCCAAACCCAUAAGACCUUCUAUCACCUUCAGAACACAAAUUAAGAUCUUUUUGAAGAAAUCUGAGAGCUCUCUGGCCCUCCCAUUAACAACAAGGACGAUCAACACACAAAAACAAAGCAAGGACGUCUGUAAAAUUGUCCUUGAGACAUCAGGGGUUCAAUCUUAUUUUCACUACAUUAAAUGUCGACACAAAUGUUUGAGUUAUUUUCGUGUAGUAUUGUAACAUUACCCAAUAGUGAAUGUUUCCUUUAUAGUUAUGUAUUCAGUGUUUGAGGCUCGAGUUUCACUUUGAUGUCAUUUAUAUGCCUGCCCUACCCAGUCUGGUUAGCACUUUCAAACUUGUGUUUUGUCAUGCUAUGUGGAUAUAAACUAAUACAUCUUGGGUUAUGAUGUUGCAUCACUGUUCUGUUUAACAAUAAGGGAGUUUUUGACAGGUCUCCACUUGAAAGUUUUGUUGAUAUAUUAAACUCAGCCACACUA